AUGCCCCCCCUCCCCCACCCAUUCACGCCCCCCCUCCCCCCCCACCGCCACCACCGCCUCCUCUCCUCCCCCCUCUCCACCCGCCCACACACAGCCAUCCCCUCCGACACCACCGAGUGGGACCCCUCCAUGGUCAGCCCCGCGCGCAUCGACCCCUUCUACACCCCCCUGCCCAGCACCACCACCACCAAGCCGCGCCCCCACCCCGCCGGCGCCCGCCCCGCCGAAGGCGUCUUCGGCGUCACUUUCGUCGACCCCACUCCCACUCCCACUCCCCCACCCCCCGCCCCGUCAAAACGCAAGCGGGCGCCUGGGUCCGGCCGAAAAGCAGCCACACCAAGCACCGCCGGGCCAGCACCCAAGCGGCGCAAGUCCGCCGCGGCCGCCGAAGCCGCUUGUACAGCUGCCGUCGCGGGGAUAACUGCCGUCGCCGCAGCAGCCACCCACACCAUCACCGCCGCGAGCAGCGCCCUCGCCGCCCUCGCCGCCCUCCCCACAUCCCCGUCCACAUCCGCGCUCAUCACCCUCGCAACGCGCACCGAGUGCAUGCCACUGAUCGACCUGUACCGGGCGCACGCGCAGCAGCCGCCGCGGUGCCGCCGCGGCAUGAGCAUUCUGCACACGAAGCUGCCGUACAUUGGGGAGCGGACGCUGCUGAAUCUCGAUUUGGCGGGGGCCGAGGAGGACGGGGUGAUGGGGGCUGUGGAGAUGCGGGGGCUGGUGGAUGCGGGCGAGGGGAGUGUGGCGUGGGGGAGGCUGGAGAGUGUGGUGAGGGAUGGGGAGGUGGGGGGCGUGUGUAGGAGGGUUGUGCGGUUUGUUGAGUGGUCGUAG